AUGGACCAUGAUCUGGACUGGCGAAUCAGCAGAGAGUCGGCCUUGAACUUGGCGAUCGAGCAGAACGACCUCGUUAGCUUGAGAAAAUGGUCGGUCGAGCCCGGCGGCUUCGGGACGAACGAGCUUCGACAAAAGGUCUGGCCGUAUCUCCUACACGUCAACCUCAGCGCAAGCACCCAAAAAUCGAGCAUCGACUCGGACAACAAACACGAUCACAAAAUCGACGACGACAACAACAAGCAUAUCCAAGAUCCAGAAAAACCAAACGUUAAAGAUAGUCACGACGAUAUAUCCGCUAGUAAUGAGCCUCAUAAAGAAGAACGUCAAGUAGGACUCGACACCAACCGUUCCUUUGUCCACUAUCCGGAAAAAUUGACACCCUCGGAGAAGAAGAGGCUUCAAGCAGAGCUUAACGAGCUGAUCAUGACCGUACUCCGCCGGCACACUGGUCUGUCUUACUUUCAAGGCUACCACGAUAUCAUCUCCGUCCUCUAUCUAUCCUUUUUUCCAUAUGUCCCACCAUGUCGUCAACCUCGCUCCUCAUCCUCAGCCCGAGGUUCUCCAUCCACCUCCCGCUCUCAAUCUCGUUCACAAUCACGCAACCGUAUGCAGCCGCAUUUGGUCUUGGAGGACGUUGAUAGCGAUGCCAAGGUCAAGCCGGACCCCGAUCGUCCUGUAGAAAAGUCGGCUACAGUUGAGCGAAAGACCAGGAACCAGGAUAAACCAGAGUGGAAGCAGCUCGUGGAUUGCUGCGAGGCGUUGAGCUUGUUGAGGAUCAGGGAUGGGAUGGGAAAGAGUCUUGGACCCGUCGUUGGCUAUUUGAGGCGAGUCAUUUCUACCGUUCCACUGUCAAACGGUGAUAAGCUGAUCAACCACAGACAUGUACUCUGCGUCUCCCCAACCCCGUACUUCGCCCUCUCUUGGAUGCUCACCCUGUUCUCGCACGACUGCGACACGUUCGUCCCGGUCCAACGCAUUUUCGAUUACCUCCUCUGCCGAAAUCCGGCUAUCGUCAUAUAUUUGGGAGUCGCCCUGAUCGUACUGAAAAAGGACCGCUUGGUGGCGCUCGAGGACACGCUUGACGAGGACCCAGGGGUAUUGCACACCAAUCUCUCGCUCCUCCCUCCGUUGAUCGCCGACGACCCCGACUCUUCGCCAGACGAUGGUGUCGGCUUCGAACCGCAUAUCGCACCGAAAAGGCGGGAUUCCUACCUGGACCCUAGCGAACCCAAUCCUCUACCGCCCGUCAUCCUCUCCGAGCUCUUCCGGUUGACGGACAGCCUCUGGGAGAGGUUUCCCCUCAGUCAUCCGGAGAUUCGGGCGGACGAGAUUCUGGGCUCCAAGAGCGUGGUCUUUACCUACCCGGAUGUGACUCAUAGUCCAGGGCCGAACGUUAUGGACGGAAAGGCCGCUGCCGAAUGGGCGAAGAACGGGGUAGACGAGGAUCAGGUCGUCGUCGAGCCUGCUCCUCCAUACUCGGACGCCGAGGAUGAGGUUCAAGAGGAAGAUGAGAGCAAGCCCGAACCUAUGAAGAGGAAGAGGAAGCGACAACAAUCGAUCAGAAUCAGCAGGACCGCCUUGACGUUUGCGGUAGUCACCGUAGCUAUCGGGAUCGCUAUCUACCGGGGCCAAAAACUACCUGGGCAGGAUAGCCUGGCAACAUACGUCAUGUUCCGUAUCAUCAGACCUUGGCAGAGGAAGCUGGAGAUGCAGCGCGUUUGGCAGAACAUCCGGGCAGCUGGGGAUCAUGAGACGUUUGGAGGACGGAUCGUACGAACUCUGACUGAACUAAUUGGCUGGCGAUGA